ACCCUACAGUCUGCGCAUGCUCUUGGGACCAUCAGCGACUAGGGGCUACAGAAACUUCACUUUUGCUUUUUAUAAUUAACAGCAGCGUUAAAUUAGUUUGAGUUCACUGAUGGAUCGAAUAAAAGUCAAGAAAUCCUUUUCCUGCAUUUAAAAAGGAGAUUCGACUCUGUUGGUAACGUUUGAAAUCAAAAGUGAAAGUGCUGUGGUGCAUCCAAAUAGGAUUUAUGUUGUUUUAUUACAUAGUUUUACACAUUUUUUCCACAUAAACACGGAUUUUGUGCAUCCAUGAUGAUUGAAGUAAUAUUCUUUGGAUGUUUGAUGGCGUUCAUCAAUGCUGACGGGGUUGCAGAUGUUGUACUGUCCUGUGCUCUGGUGGAGGAAGGAGUUGGACUGGGAGGUGUUGCUCUUUUUACCAGGACUCCAUCCACUCUGGUCCUACGAGACGUUCCAGUGGGUCUAGACGAAUCACUAGAUACACUCACUCCAUUUGUCCCCCCCUUGGUCCCGGAUCCAGACCUCCUCCUGUUUGAGACCAAAGUGUCAUCAUCACCUGACAUCCCCAAUGCAGAGGUGCUGCUGCACGCAGACUGCAAUGAGCAGGAGGUGACGUGUGAGAUAAGUCGCUACACUCCACGGGGACUCCAAGAAAGUUCAGAUCCGGCUUAUUUUAUGGUGUUUCUCAGCGUGGAAGGACUUGACUUCAGCAUGUCACUGAUUCUGCAGACUUUGUCUGUGGAAAAGCAUCAGCCAGCCUUGAUCCAGAAAAAACUCAGUUUACCUCUAAGUUCGUCAGGAACCCUGCAGACUAAAGGGAUUUUCUUGGUGUUUUCCAACAAAAAGUCUGUACUGGCUCCGUUGAGAGGUGACAUUCUCCUCAACUGUGGCUUCAAGCAAGAGGAGGUGCCAUUAGGAGCAGAUGUGGGCGUUGAAUGGAGACUACAGCACAGAGGGAAAGGUCAUAAAGUGCUGGAAAUGAAGAAAAAUCUAGAUGAUACAAAAGGGACUGUACUGCAUGGUGAGAGGAAGGGCUCCAGCAUGGAUGCUGCUCAGCUUGCCAGUCAGGGGAACGUCUCCAUGAGUCUGACCCAGCUGAAGGUCGCCGAUGAAGGGACCUACAUCUGUACUGUCAGCGUGGGUCGUUUCCAUGCCCAGCAGGUCAUUCAGCUCCACAUUUAUCAACCACCUCAAGUUUCACUGUCAGAUGAAAAAUUAAAAACUUCCCAGACAUUGAGCUGUCAUAGCCGUAAAUAUUAUCCAUUAGAUGCACAGAUGCAGUGGUUUUAUCUUUCUCCGUCAGACUCGAAGGAACAGCUGUUUCCAGAUCAGGGCUCUCUGAGCAGCCAUCGACAGCAUGGAGACGGGACGUAUUCCCUGUCUUCUUACCUCACCGUGUCCCCCAGUGUCUCCCCAGGAACUAAGGUCAUCUGUAGGGUGAACCACCCAGUGCUGGACUCUCCAGUUGAUGUCAUCAUUGUGGUGGAAAGUCCUCAACCGGAUUCCUAUUGGUUUGUUCUGGGUUUCCUCAUCAUCACUGUACUUUUCUUCUAUCAGGUCAUAAAAUAAGUUAAUCCUAGAUCAUCCCGACUUUAAUCUGAGCCCAGAAUGUUGUUAUUGAGUCACUUUAAAUGUUUUAAAAGGUUCUUUACCUGCUGACCUGGAAUAAACACUCGUUCAUGAGAACCGGCUGUGUGUUAAAACAGUCUGGCUUUAUUAUUUAUUAGCUUUGGUGUUUGUUGUUUUGAAUCAUUUUGCACUAAACAUGUUUCCAACUAGUUUUGUUAUAUUUUUAGUUUUUUUUUGGAUUUGUUGAGUCCAGCUUUGUUAAACCAGUAAAACUCAUAAAGUUUUCACAGACAUCCACUCUCAGUCUGAUUUGGGGAAAAUCCUCAUUUAUUAGGCUUUUUAGGCUGAUGCAGUAAAAACAGACGUUUAUCCAGACUGUGGAAAAUGGACAUUUUUCUCUUUUUUAAAAUUUAUUAAUCAGGAAGAAAUUGGGGAAUAUUUCUUGGUACUUUUUAAAAAUAUAGCACCUUUUAUUGUUUUUUAUUGAAUUUUUUGUGUUACACAGUUUUCUUACUCCCGCGUUCAACGUUGUAAUUCACCUUUGACAUGAUCUAUGUGACUCAAAAACUUUUGUUAAGGUUUCUGUAAUGGUCAACGAUGAAUACAUUUCUUGUUUCAGUGCGGAUGAAAUGGAUAUAUAUUUUUUGAAUUUCUUGACACAAAUCCUAAAGAAUAAAGAAAAAUGAAAAAU